CAGGGAGGGGGCGGUUCCCGGUCUACGGCGGAGCCGGAUGUUUGCCGAGCUUUGACAGGCGUGGCAGAGGGAGCAGUGCCCGGGCGCGUUCUCUCCUCUGGUUCUGUGGGGGAGCAGGCUGGCCAUGGACCCGCUGUCGGAGCUGCAGGACGACAUAACCGUGGACGACCCCAGCCAGGCUCUGAACCAGCUGAAGCUGGCCUCCAUUGAUGAGAAGAACUGGCCCUCCGAUGAAAUGCCAGACUUCCCCAAGUCAGAUGAUUCCAAAUGCAGCUCCCCGGAACCUGCCACACACCUGAAGUGGGAUGACCCCUACUACGACAUUGCCCGGCACCAGAUUGUGGAGGUGGCAGGCGAUGACAAGUAUGGGCGGAAGAUCAUUGUGUUCAGUGCCUGCCGAAUGCCCCCCAGCCACCAGCUGGACCACAGCAAGCUUCUGGGGUACCUGAAGCACACCCUGGACCAGUACGUGGAGAGUGACUACACGCUGCUCUACCUGCACCACGGCCUGACCAGCGACAACAAGCCCUCCCUCAGCUGGCUCCGGGACGCCUACCGCGAGUUUGACCGCAAGUACAAGAAGAACAUCAAGGCCCUGUACAUCGUGCACCCCACCAUGUUCAUCAAGACCCUGCUCAUCCUCUUCAAGCCCCUAAUCAGCUUCAAGUUUGGCCGGAAGAUCUUCUACGUGAAUUACCUGAGCGAGCUCAGCGAGCAUGUGAAGCUGGAGCAGCUGGGGAUCCCUCGUCAAGUGCUGAAGUAUGAUGACUUCCUUAAAUCCACCCAGAAGAGCCCGGCAACAGCCCCCAAGCCCAUGCCGCCACGGCCUCCUCUGCCCAACCAGCAGUUCGGGGUCUCAUUGCAGCACCUCCAGGAGAAGAGCCCGGAGCAGGAACCCAUUCCACUCGUGCUGCGUGAGACCAUCGCCUACUUACAGGCCCACGCUCUGGACACCGAGGGGAUUUUCCGGAGGUCGGCUAGCACCCAGGUUGUGCGGGAAGUGCAGCAGAAGUACAACAUGGGGCUCCCCGUGGACUUCGACCAGUACAAUGAGCUGCACCUGCCGGCUGUCAUCCUCAAGACCUUUCUCCGGGAGCUUCCGGAGCCCCUGCUCACCUUUGACCUCUACCCCCACGUGGUGGGCUUCCUCAACAUUGACGAGAGCCAGCGAGUGGAGGUGACGCUGCAGGCCCUCCGGACGCUGCCUGAGGAGAACUACCAGGUGCUGCGCUUCCUGACUGCGUUCCUGGUGCAGAUUUCUGCCAACUGUGAGCAGAACAAGAUGACCAACACCAACCUGGCUGUGGUCUUUGGGCCUAACCUACUGUGGGCCAAGGACGCAGCCAUCACCCUCAAGGCCAUUAAUCCCAUUAACACCUUCACCAAAUUCCUGCUGGAUCACCAGGGAGAGCUGUUCCCCAGCCCCGACGUCAAGGGGCUGUGAGCCCCGCCUCCGCCCACCUGCCCCCGGCUAUGACACCCCCGUUUGGACUCUUCCUCCUGGCAUCAGCCUUAAUAGGAGCAGGGGGUCCUGGCCAGAAAGGGGCUGGGAGCCCGCUGAUGUGGGGCUCCUCCCUGCGCCGUCCAGCCCCAUCAUGGCCCUGGAGGCCACUCGUUGUGGACCACAGACAUUUUCCUCUUCCGCCUUAUUCCUGUCACUGCCUUGGAGGAGCGGUCCCGAACCGGGCCGAGAACCAGCCCCAGCAGCCCCUUUGCCGCUCUGUCCUGCCGAUGGUGGGUGACCAGUCCCUGCCUUCCAGAUAGCUCUGGCCUGCAAGGCACCUGGCUCUGGCUCCUCACUCUGCCCAAGUCCACAAGUCCCCCAUCCAGAGUCUGGGGAGCAAGCACCCUACUCAUGACCCCUCGCCUUGCAGGUUCAGCCCUGGAGGUCCGCAGUGCCAGGGAGGGCCUGGCCUGGAGUCAGAUCCCACUUCCUGCCUGCUUCCACCUGUGCUCAGCCAACUUUCUUCAAGGGGUAGUGCCCCAGGGGUUCCCAAAACCCCCCUGGUUCUGCCAGGACUGGCAGCAUGUGCGAAAAGGCCACCCUGGCUUCCAUUACACACACACACACAGACACACUCUCUUUCUCUCUCCAUUACACACACACACACUCUCUCUCUCUC